AUGGCAGUGACCAGUCAACAAGACAACGAAGUUGCUAUGCUGUUUGGCAAAGGGGAUGGAACCUUGCAGACUCAAAUGAACUAUACGGUUGGCAUCUUUCCAUCGUCUGUAAUAUCCGGUGAUUUCAACAAUGAUAGCAAACUGGAUCUGGCAACAGCCAACCAACACGACAAUACCGUUAGUGUGCUGCUUGGAAAAGGAGAUGGAACCUUUCAGACUCAAAUGAAGUAUGCAGUUGGUAGCGACCCACGUUGUGUAAUAUCAGGCGAUUUCGACAAUGAUAACAAACUGGAUCUGGCAACGGCCAACUCUAAUGACAAUACCGUCAGUGUGCUGCUUGGCAAAGGAGAUGGAAGCUUUCAGACUCAAAUGAACUAUACGAUUGGUAUCACCCCAUCGUCUUUAAUAUCAGGCGAUUUCAACAAUGAUAACAAACUGGAUCUGGCAACGGCCAACCAGGGAGACAAUACCAUUAGUGUGCUGCUUGGAAAAGGAGAUGGAACCUUUCAGACUCAAACGAACUAUGCGGUUGGCAAUUUUCCAUCUUCUGUAAUAUCCGGUGAUUUCGACAAUGAUAACAAACUGGAUCUGGCAACAGCGAACAACUACGACAAUACCGUUACUGUGCUGCUUGGCAAAGGAGAUGGAACCUUUCAGACUCAAACGAACUAUGCGGUUGGCAAUAUUCCAUCUUCUGUAAUAUCCGGUGAUUUCGACAAUGAUAACAAACUGGAUCUGGCAACAGCGAACAAGUACGACAAUACCGUUACUGUGCUGUUUGGCAAAGGAGAUGGAACCUUUCAGACUCAAAUGAGCUAUGCGGUUGGUAGCUAUCCAUCUUCUGUAAUAUCCGGUGAUUUCGACAAUGAUACAAAACUGGAUCUGGCAACAGCCAACUGGGACGACAAUACCGUCAGUGUGCUGCUCGGCAAAGGGAACGGAGCCUUUGUGCCUCAAAUGAACUAUGCGGUUGGCAACUACCCAUCGUCUGUAAUAUCAGGCGAUUUCAAUAAUGAUAACAAACUGGAUCUGGCAACAGCCAACUGGGACGACAAUACCGUCAGUGUGCUGCUUGGCAAAGGAGAUGGAGCCUUUCUGACCCAAACGAUCUAUACGGUUGGUAUCAACCCAUCGUCUGUAAUGUCAGGCGAUUUCAAUAAUGAUAACAAACCGGAUCUGGCAACGGCCAACCAGGUAGACGAUACCAUCAGUGUGCUGCUUGGAAAAGGAGAUGGAACCUUUCAGACUCAAAUAAACUAUGCGGUUGGCAGUCUUCCAUCUUCUGUAAUAUCAGGCGAUUUCAAUAAUGAUAACAAACUGGAUCUGGUAACGGCCAACCAGGGAGACAAUACCAUCAGUGUGCUGCUUGGAAAAGGAGAUGGAACCUUUCAGACUCAAAUGAACUAUGCGGUUGGCAAUUUUCCAUCUUCUGUAAUAUCAGGCGAUUUCAAUAAUGAUAGCAAACUGGAUCUGGCAACAACCAUCCAGUUGGACAGUACCGUCAGUGUGCUGCUCGGCAAAGGAGAUGGAACCUUUCAGACUCAAAUGAACUAUACGGUUGGUAGAUACCCAUCUUCUGUAAUAGCCGGUGACUUCAACAAUGAUAACAAACUGGAUCUGGCAACAACCAACCAGCUCGACAAUACCGUCAGUGUGCUGCUUGGCAAAGGAGAUGGAACCUUUCAGACUCAAAUGAACUAUAAGGUUGGUAAAUACCCAUCGUCUGUAAUAUCCGGUGAUUUCAACAAUGAUAACAAACUGGAUCUGGCAACAACCAACCAGCUCGACAAUACCGUCAGUGUGCUGCUUGGCAAAGGAGAUGGAACCUUUCAGACUCAAAUGAAGUAUGCAGUUGGUAGAGAUCCACGUUGUGUAAUAUCAGGUGAUUUCAACAAUGAUAGGAAACUGGAUCUGGCCGUGGUCAACUUUGGGUCUGAGGACUCGUCUGUUUUGCUAAACAUCUGCACUAAGGGACCAUGAAACGUUCAAUUUAGCGACGUGUGCACCAAUUGUUAAUGAUGCAUUAGGACUAACCAUCUACUGUGAUAGAAUAUCAUUUCCCUGAUUUGUUUUUCAAUAUGAUUUGUGUCCAAAUAUGUGUGUGUGAAUUCACUUUCUUUUUGGUAGUUUGGUGUGUUAAGGGCUCUUCUCUCUCAGAGUGAAAUCUUCAUGCGUUAAAAAGUAAAUCUGGAGACAAGGACAUGGAAAGGUAGCCUAAAAUAUCUGCUUUCAGAAUCUGUAUUGGAUUUGGGCCUAGCAUAAUGCACAUGAUCGGCAUAAUGAUCAUAAUCGGCAUAAUGCUCAGUUUUACUAAUCGAAUAGGUUGAAAAAUGAUACCAUUAUUUUGCUUCUCAUAAUUAUAUCGAUCGAUAAGCGUUCGGGAGAAUGCCUUGAAUGGACACUGGUAAUUUAAUAGUUGACAUGUAUAAUCAAAAAGAACUGAAUAUGUCAGUCCAAAAGAAUCAGAUAAAUAAAAAACUUUCACUGGACUAUUCAUGGACGAACUGCUGAUUUUCCGCCAUCGGCUUCGUAAUGAACUCCAAGACGAGUGACCAUAUAAAAGUGAACACGAUUUACAUACCCCGGUCAUAGCUACCGCUCAGAUAAUUUUAAAACAAUCAAUAAUAUGAACCGACUUGCAGCGAUACAAACUAAGUAAUUCAUUACAAUCAACACAAAUGUUAGUGAAUGGAAGCAAAAUCAUAUCAUUUAAGACAUCAACUGUAACAUGAUUCACAUCCACCAUAAUAUUCUUUUCAGCAAAAUCAGUUACUAACAACACCCGAUUAACAAAAUCUUUAUUCAUUGCAAUAACAUUUGUCACCAUUAGAAUAUCUUCGCUACUAUGAUUACUAUUAUAACGACCAUUAACUAAUUCCUUUAUGAGUUGUGUUCGGGCAUCAGACGACAAGAUCAUUGACGAAAGAUUUGACAAUUUAAUAUACAAGCGACAGAUGUAAAUCAGAGAAAUUAAUCCAACAGAAGAACAAAGUACUUCUAAAAUACCUUCACUAUCUGACAUCUGAAACCGAAGACAACUUACAACAAAGACUUAUAAUCGGUGCUAAAAACCCACCCGCCAUAUUAAUAGACGAUCGCUCAAUUCUAGGCAUCCCUACUACUCAUAAAGCUUAAACAAUGUCAAUGGCUACUUAUGCACAUUUACCGCGUGUGAUCAACCUUCCAUGGUACUCUAACCCGCUACGAUCGCUCUGUGCAUGUCUAUAUCGCGUGAGAUUAACCUUCCGUGACAUCACUUUUUUCUGACCAAACGGCUGUUGUAGAAAUAAAAAUCAAUCAAUCAAUCAAACCCUCACUUGUAAAGAGCCCCUGUGUGUCUCUAUAAGGUGUGGGAUCAACCUUUCGUCUCCCCAUCAGUUACCGAGAUCGCCCUAUGUGUGUCGAUAGCACUGUCACACAGUGGGCAUUUUUUGCUAGAGCAAGCGGACUUUAGCUUUAUGAGCGAACUAAAAUUUCUUGAACCAUUUUUUUAUAGGUUUUUCAUGAUCCUCUUUCUAAUGGCAUAAGAGUUGGGUUUUG